ACGCGUAAACGGGGCUAUAUCGUGUGGCGUUUAUAGCCUGGGCCAUUCUGUGCACCUUUUCUCUUCAAAUGAUUUUGUCGCUAGUUGAAAUUAUUUCAUUGCUGUAUUGAUGGUUUCAGGCGCGCUUUACAGCCCGGGGUUUUCUCUCAGCCGACCCGUGGACAACAAUAACCCCAGCGAUAACCAGGCACAUCACAGGAUUAUUGCCAACAACGCAGGAGGCUUCCGGGAUAAUCCUAACUCUACCAUCUACGGCGGCGGGCGCCUUGGAAACAGCAUCCACCCCACGGUUGCGUCAGCGGAGUCCGGGUUCACGACGCCCGGAGGCGGCGGGGAUCUCACCACGGCCCUUUACGGAGGGGAUUGCCACAGGGGCGGCAACGCUAUGAGCUCCUACCUGCCUCUACGCCACUCGGGCGCCCAUGGCGUGCCCACGACGCCAAGGGGACCCGUGGGCGCCGAGGACAAUGUCAUGCAUGGCAUGGGCGGCAUGAUGGACAGCGGCGGAUAUAUGGAACACUUUCUGAACAUCCCAGAGAUCUGCCCCACGGGCAACUACAGGAACCCCAGGUACUACAUGGGGGCGUACAACGCAGAGGCGUGUCGCAUGGAGGCGCUGCAGCAGCAGCACCGAAACCACCACGACCUCCGAAUGGGGCUGCAGGGCUCGAGGCCCUCAUUCUACCCCAAUAUGAACAUGGGGAUGCGAUUCGGGGAUGGCAUGGACUCAGCCCAGGUGGCUUCGAACUGCAUCCCACAGCAGAACAGGGCGGACAAUCUAUCACCCUGUACAAAAGCAGUAGCCGUGCCAACGGAGUCGGAUGCACCAUCUUUUUAUCCAUGGAUGUCUAUAGUAGGUCCAAAUUCAAAUCAGAGACGACGUGGCCGUCAGACGUACACCAGAUUCCAGACCCUUGAGUUGGAGAAAGAGUUUAAAUUCAACCGCUAUCUAACCAGAAGGCGGAGGAUCGAACUCUCACACAUGCUGUGUCUAACGGAAAGACAGAUCAAAAUCUGGUUCCAGAACCGGCGAAUGAAGGAGAAGAAGGAGCUUCAGGCCAUUAAGGAGCUCAACGAACAGAGCCGGGGCCACGAGAAAUCCCACCAGGGUGGCUCGAUGGCCAAGUCAGAAGACAAGAUGGCGUCCCUUACGUCAUCAUCGUCGCAGCACGCCGCGGAGUCACCGAAUAGCUCCGGUUCGGAGCAUAGUUGAAGAUGUUAGCUAGUCCUUGCAGUCUAGGACGAGUCCAACUUAAUAUUAGUACAGAUUUACAUGUCGUUCUAUUGCCUGUAUUGUAGUAGACAAUGCACACACAUAAUUGGUCGAAUCGAAUACGACCAUUGUCCUGCAUUAACGCACUCCGAUACCUUCACAUUACAAUAAAAAAAACAACAACUAAAAAAAUGGAAACAGAAUUAGGAGAUUAGCAGGUAUUGAUUACCACAUACGCUCUGUGCUGUCAUAUAAAUAAUUUGUUAUCUAAGGAAUAUGGAUUCGAUAUUAUCACGUAAUCGAUUGCAAACAGAAAAAGAAACGUUGACUCUAUCCGGACGAAGCAUAUUGGACGGAAGUAUUAAAAAAAAAAAGUACUCUCAGGAAUCGCUUGAUUUAUGAAUGGGCGAUACUCGCCGGAUUCGUUACAGUUGAGAGAUUGUAUUCGAUGAGAUGAACGCCCCGACACAACGAUACCAAAAUCUGGUUCUAAUGACCUACUUCGUUUUCUGUGUUUUUCUAUUUGUUUGGCUUUCUCGAGUUGGUGUGCGUGUGUGUGUGUGAAUUGAAUUGGACCCAUUUCUCAAACAUAGAUUCAUUCUUGGACUAUGCAACUGUUCUCAAGGCACCCACGUCAUCAGCAACACGGAUCUCCAUGACAGCAACUACUCGGGGUGUCUCCUAGUCUACUUCAUCAGUCUGACCACUGGCCAGUCCCCCCUUCUUCUCCCCUCCCCUACACAGUGACCAGUCCGAUGGAAUUCGAUGCAGGAGCAUUAACUCUGAAACUGGUCUCCCUGUAGUAGGCUUACGAAUAUAUGGUUAGAAGCUAUGACCAAGAAAAAAACUGAUUCAAAGUUAUCAUUACAAUCAUUGACAAUCAAGGGAGGCUACACACGACAUUGUUUGCUGUCUCUUCAAAUGUGUUACCUUUAAAUCAAACAAAUGUUCUAACUAGUUCAAAAUAUUAGGACAUUUCAAAAGUUUUCCACUCAAUAUUUUACACUUUAAAAUAUUUAAUUAGCGAUUAAUUGAAUUGUACAGAAUUUUUUUUUUUUAAUUUACAAUGUUGCAAGGCGAAAAUAAACCACAAAAUAAUUUUAAAAUAUUUUUACCUUGUGUAUUAUGCGCACACUCCACCACCCACAUAAAUACACUCUAAAUGAUACCUUGUAUAACAGUGUAAUGUAUAAAAAUAGUCACACGCAGGAUAUAGUGAUCAGGCGAGAAGAAGGAGACGUGUAAUUAUAUUUAAGAGUUUUAUUUGUUGUCGCAAUUUGAUUUAGCAGUCAGAACCAUUAGCUGACAACAUUUAUCGAAUUAAAAAUAGAAUAUAUAACUAACUAAACUCUUAUACAUGUACACAAAUGCAAUGUCCCCUAACGUGCCCAUUAUACACCUGAACUCCCUUUUGCCAUUCCUCUCACCCUAAGUCGGAAAACAAAUUUCAGUAGAAUUUUAGCCAGCCCUAUGAUUUAGGCCUAUUAUUAAACAAACAUCGAAGAUAAACAAAAUCACGUGAUACACUUGAAACAAAUCUAAUGAACGAAAUGGGAAAAGUGACUUACGGUAAACUAUUACCAGCCAAAUCAUUCUGUUCUUGCACUCUGGGAUCAUCCAUACAACAAGGCCCACUGACGACACUUGUCUCUAGAGGCACGAUCUAGCUUUUGCAAAUUAUGUCUAUAAUGUAUUGACCAGCCUUUACAGCAAACAGGGCCGGUCUUAGGCCACUGCAACCUAUGCGGUCGCAGUGGGCUCCGCGCUUUCAUAGGCUCGUGCUAAUUCAGGGUGUAAUUAUUAAAUUGCAAAAUAUAUACGAAAAACUCCUGGAAAUCUCCUGAAUUUAUUACAAUCUCCUGAAAACUCUUUAAAAUGUCCAGAAAAAUAGACAAAAUUGUCAUUUGUGGGUGUCAUUAAUUGCGGAAAACGCCAAUCCUACGCGUGAUAAAAGGAAAAAAGGCAUUGUCACCUUUCAUGUAAUAAUCGGGCGAAUUUAUACCUUAAUCGGAAGUUCCAAUACUUUAUUUCCUUUUAUAGUCACUAGCAUAUAAGUAUGCCAUUGGUUACAAGGUUCGUAAAGUACAGAUCGCAAUUUUUAACUUAAAUCUUAUUAUCCGUAUUUCCACACAGACUAGGCCCCGCGCAAUUAGUUUCGCAUAGGGCCCCGCAAUUGCUAGGACCGGCCCUGACACCAAACGUGUCCUAAGAUGAUCCUUAAUACCUAUAAUAAUCCUAUCGGUAUCUAUUUAAUUAAAGGAAUGAUGUGUAUCUUUUCCAGGCGUAAAAAAUAAUUAAAUAUGUAACUAGAAAUUUACAUAAAUGAGUUUUAGUUUGUGCUGUAUGUAACUCUACAUAUGAACAUUGUAUUUACGGGGAGAAGUGUCAGUUGAUACGGUUAUAGAUACCGUAUCAUCAGUACCCUUUUAGAAAUUGUAAGUUAUAUUAGUAUUAAGGUGCUAGAAUUUAGGAAGAAAAAAUAUUUGAGGUUUUUAGAAAUGUUACUGCAAACUGCUCAUGACGGGAUAUCCGAUGUAAUAGUUUCAGGGUCGUAAACUGUUGCUGUGUCAAUCAGUGUGGCCUUGACCUAGUACAACACUUCUGAGUGUUAUUUCAGAAGCGUCCCAUUUGAUUCAGGAUAAAUGUGUCUUGACUUUAAGUCGUACAGUAUGUCGGUCUGGGUACCUUCAGGGUGUCAUCUUCUCGGUCAUGACAUUGCGUCUUACUCUGUGUCUUGAGGCAUUUACCCUGUGUCUUGAGGUAUUUACCCUGUGUCUUGAGACAUUUACCCUGUGUCUUGAGGCAUUUUAUGCCACGAGAGACCAUCUUUUCCCUUUGCAACUUCUCAUGUGAGGCCAAUCUUUGAUACACAGCUGCGGACACAUGUUGGGCAUCUGUAAUCACCUGGCACUUUCACCCUUCUUUCUGCUGCUGGUGUGUACGCCAUCUGCAAUCCGGGACCCUUCCUGUAUUCAUGGUCUCCAUGUGAAUCUAUCUGGUGCCUCUUUUCCCCAAUCGUUAGUGUCGAUUUUGAAGAGCUUCAUGUCGCGUUUGCAUACAUCUUACUUAGACUUAGGUCCUCCCGCGCCGUUCGGCGCAUUGGGCGGCAAGCUGUCUCCAUAAAGAUCUGUCACUGGUACAUCAGUACGUCUUAACCUGUGUCUAGCCCAGUGUCUUACCCUGUGUCUUAACGUGUGACCUGACACUUAUUACAUCACAGCGCCUCACUAAACUUUUGUGCACUAUGUAAAGCAGCAGCUCAGCGUGUCAGCUGCUUUCAACUGUGUCCCUUCGUUCACCUGAGCCAACAGACGAAACAAACAAUAAUAUAACACUGAAAAUAAUAGCAAAUCAAAAUCACACACACAACACACACACACACACACAACUUUCCAAAAAAUGUCCAUGAAAAUUGUAUUUAAUGAAUGGAAUUUUAGUCUGUGUGGAAGGAGGGGGGGGGGGUUGGAGUGGAGAGGAUACGCCAACAGCCAGCAUUUAUCAUCAUGAGAUCAACAUGAGUGCGUUGAUCUGAUAUUAUUUAUACAUUCAAUCUUCACUUGUCUCCUCAUUGAGCUAGUAUUAUCGGAUUUUAUACUGUACUAUGACCAUGCAAUGGACUGUAUUAUCUAUAAUAAUAGACUUGUUAAGUCAGACUGAAUGUAAAAUAGGUGAACAUGUGUAUGAAUGAAAUGCACGGUAUUGUAUGAAUAGUGAAUGUAAAAUUGAAAUGUCUUCUGAUGUUGUAAUAGUUGAAUGUUGAUUGAUUGUGGUCAUUUCUGGUUCCUUUUGUCCGGUAUCGAGAUAUAUAUGGUAGUAAAAUAUAGGUAGUACAUUUCUGUUACAAUAGCUGUGUUUUGUAAUCAAUGUCAUUGAAUAAAUAAACAGAAUGUCAAUGGACAGUUUAAGAUAA